AUGGCGAGCGAUAGGAAUAUUGGUGUAGCUUUAGAUUUUUCCAAGGGAAGCAAGAUCGCUCUCAAAUGGACUAUUGAUAAUCUUCUUCGCCACGGUGACACUCUCUAUAUCGUUCACAUCAAUCAUUCCAAAAGCACUGAAUCUCGUAAUCUUCUAUGGGUAACCACCGGUUCUCCUCUUAUCCCGUUGUCGGAGUUUCGUGAGAAGAACGUGAUUCACCAGUAUAAUAUUGAACCUGAUGCUGAGGUUUUGGAUAUACUUGAUACUGCUGCUAACCAGAAACAGGUGACUGUGGUGGCGAAGGUUUUUUGGGGAGAUGCAAGAGAGAAAAUUUGUGAGUCUGUUGGAGAUUUGAAGCUUGAUGCUUUGGUCAUGGGUAGUAGAGGUUUGGGUGCCGUUCAGAGGGUAUUGAUGGGGAGUGUGUCUACUUAUGUGACUUCAAAUGCAACUUGUCCAGUAACAAUUGUGAAAGUAUGA